AUAUAUAUAUAUAUAUAUAUAUACAUGUAUGUUUCCAAUUGAAUUAACUGACCUAUGCCAAUUAAUAUGAUUUUCAACAUUGUCACAAUAAUUCUGGAAUUGAUCAUCACGUUGACUUGUUUCACACCUGUGUUAUGUUUAAACAAUGGACUGGCUAUUACACCACCAAUGGGUUGGAUGACAUGGCAACGAUUUCGUUGUCAAAUUGAUUGUGAACGUUAUCCAAAUGAUUGUAUCAACGAACAGCUGAUUAAACGUACAGCUGAUAAACUAGCCAUGGAUGGUUGGAGAGAUUUAGGCUAUCGUUAUGUUAUUAUUGAUGAUUGUUGGCCUGAACGGCAACGUGAUACACAGACAAAUGAAAUAAUUGCAGAUCGGAUACGAUUUCCUAAUGGUAUUAAAAGUAUCAGUAAAUAUUUACAUUCUAAAAAUCUACUAUUCGGUAUAUAUCUUGAUUAUGGACUUAAAACAUGUGAAAAUUAUCCUGGAAGUAUGAAUUAUUUAAAUGUAGAUGCAAACAGUUUAGCCCAAUGGGAAGCUGACUAUGUAAAAAUGGAUGGUUGUAAUAGUUCUGAAGAGAUUAUGCCUGAUGGUUAUGAAAUAUUUGCGAAAUUAAUGAAUGCAACUGGUAGACCAAUAGUAUUUUCAUGUAGUUAUCCUGCUUAUUUACCAUGGAUAAAUAAUUCGAAUUUAAUUAAUUGGGAGAGAUUACAACAAAAUUGUAAUUUAUGGCGUAUGUUAGGUGAUAUACAAGAUAGUUGGUCAUCUGUAGUCAGUAUAAUCAAUGCUUAUAAACUUCGUAAUGAUAUAUUACCAAAAGUAGCUGGUCCAGGACAUUGGAAUGAUCCAGAUAUGUUAUUAUUGGGCAAUUUUGGUUUGUCCAUUGAUCAACAACGUGUACAAAUGGGUAUGUGGUGUAUGUUUGCUGCUCCACUGAUCAUUUCAACGGAUAUGGAUAAGUUGGAUGCGUUUAGUGCAUCGUUGUUACGCAAUCCACGUUUGUUGGCGAUCAAUCAAGAUAAAGGAGGACAUCAAGCGGAGUAUAUCACAACAAAAAAUCAUACACAACUAUGGAUAAGACAAUUAGAUGGAAAUCCAAUGGGUUGGGCAAUUGCUUGUUUCUAUACAACUGAUGGUGGAGGACCAAUACAUUUAGAUAUAAGUCUUGAACAAUUUCAUUCAGCAACAUAUAAAAUCUCUGGUGAUACAUUUGAAUUAACCGAUGUAUUCACUGGUGAUAUUGUCAAAGGUAUUACAUUAACUGAGAAAUUUAUGAUCCCAAUUAAUCCAUCUGGUAUAAUGAUGUUUCGAGUGAAAUCAAUUUUGAAAAGAUAUAACAAAAAUAAGCUGGACUAUUUUUAAAAAAUGAAUAAUUGUUGAUUUGUUUUAAUUGUUAUUCAAUAACCAUUGAACUUGAUCAAUUGAAACAAGUCAUGAUUUUGUUUGUCUUGUUUCAUGAUAUUUGUAAUGUAAUUACAAAUUCCAUUUGUAAAAUCAUUGUUAUGCAAAAUGUUAAACAUUUGUUUAUAUCACAAGAAUAAUGUAAAACUAAAA